GCUGAGAGGCUGCCCUGCUGCAAUGUCACCAUCGUCACUGCUGCUGCAGGCUGCCGGCACCUGCCACUACUGCAGAGGACAGAGGGCCCCCAGGCCAUCAGGAACCCCAGGGCCGUGGGGCACUGCGUGAAGCCAGGAGGUGGCUGGCCAGAUGGGAAGCACCGUGGAGCCCCCCGGGGGUGCAUACCUGCACCUGGGUGCUGUGACAUCCCCAGUGGGCACAGCCCGGGUACUGCAGCUGGCCUUUGGCUGCACCACCUUCAGCCUGGUUGCCCACCGGGGCGGCUUUGCGGGCGUCCAGGGCACCUUCUGCAUGGCUGCCUGGGGCUUCUGCUUCGCAGUGUCACUCCUGGUGGUGGCCUGUGAGUUCACACAGCUCCAUGGUUGUCUCCGCCUCUCCUGGGGCAACUUCACAGCGGCCUUCRCCAUGCUGGCCACGCUGCUGUGUGCCACGGCUGCCGUCGUCUACCCACUGUACUUCACCCGGUUGGAGUGUCCACCUGAGCCUGCUGGCUGCGCAGCUAGGGACUUCCGCCUGGCGGCCAGCGUCUUUGCUGGGCUCCUCUUCCUGGCCUACGCAGCGGAGGUGGCCCUGACACGGGCCCGGCCUGGCCAGGUGGCCAGCUACAUGGCCACAGUGUCAGGGCUUCUCAAGAUCGUCCAGGCCUUUGUGGCCUGCAUCAUCUUUGGGGCACUGGUCCAUGACAGCCGCUAUGGGCGCUACAUGGCCACCCAGUGGUGUGUGGCCGUCUAUAGCUUGUGCUUCCUGGCCACAGUGGCCGUGGUGGCUCUGAGUGUGAUGGGCCACACGGGGGGCCUGGGCUGCCCCUUCGACCGCCUGGUGGUGGUGUACACCUUCCUGGCUGUGCUCCUGUACCUCAGCGCCGCUGUGAUCUGGCCGGUCUUCUGCUUUGAUCCCAAGUACGGGGAGCCCAGGAGGCCCCCCGAUUGCCCCCGCGGCAGCUGCCCCUGGGACAGCCAGCUGGUGGUAGCCAUCUUCACCUACGUCAAUCUGCUCCUCUACAUCGUCGACCUUGCCUACUCCCAGAGGAUCCGCUUCGUGCCCACCCUGUAGCCUGGCAAGUGGCCACUGGCCCACCUCCACUCUCUGGCUGGGGGUUACAGGCAUGCGUGGGUGACCCAGUCCUCCCUGGGUCCAAUACUGACCGCCCUCAUGUGGGAAACCUUGGAGCAGGUGCUGCUGGGACCCGUUUUAGAGAUGGGGACACGCAGGCUAAAUGGACUUGAGAGGUGGAGCAGCAUGUCCUUCAGUGUCUGGACAUGGCACUCACGCUGGGUGACAUGUUAGAAAGUGGACGAUUCCCAGAGGAGUGGGAAGGGUCCCACACAAGCCCAGGAGCACCAGAGUCAGGCCCCUGGAGUGGACUGGAACCUCCUCCUCCUUUGAAGGGGCAGUGCCCAGAACCCUGGGGAGGGAGCUCUGCUGGAAACUGCUCCAGCUCACAGAGGAGGAGCCCAGGAAUCAGGACCCUGCCUCACGGGCCUCUGGGGAGCCAAGUGAGGACCGUGCUAUGGCCACCCAGGGCUGCCUUCCAGAGCUCAGAGGCUGGAGAUGGUGCUGGUGGCCUGGAAGGGCCUGCUGAGCURGCAGCACCACCAGAGCAGAGUGCCAAGGUGUUGGGUUCCCAGUGAUGGAGGCCCUGCCCAGUGCCCACCAUGGGCUGUGACGCAGCAGCUUCUGUAGAGACUCCUGCGGGAGGCUGGCCUGGUGGGCAGUCCUGACACGGGUAAGGGCCCGGCCUGGGGCAGUCGCUAGAACAUGGAGCCUGGGCACCAGGCAUCUAGCUGCCUGCUGCUCCUGACCAUCAGGGCCCACUGGCACCCACAUCCUCCACGCUUCAGCCAGCUUCUCCUGCACAAGAGCCCAGCCCAGGGCAGGCCACCGGCCACCAGAGCAGGAGCAUGUGUGCAGCAGUUGUCAGUCCCUCAGCUCACGGCUGUUCCCAGGACCCUGAGCAGUCAAUAAAAGGAGACUUAUUUGCACCCCA